AUGGCGAGUAUCCAGGCUAUCAGGGCAAAUUGCCGCAAGGUCAUGUGCAUAGGCAGAAACUAUGCAGACCACAUCAAGGAGCUGUCCAGUGCUACGCCUAAGCAGCCCUUCUUCUUUCUGAAGCCACCGUCGUCUAUCUUGCUGCCAGGCGCUGGCCCAGUCCUACGCCCACGUGGUGUAAACAUGCACUAUGAAGUUGAGCUUGGUCUCAUCAUGGGAAAGACAUUGCGGGAUUUGCAUCCUGAAGAUACUAAGGGUGCUAUGGAUGCUAUCGAAGGCUACAUCCUCGCUAUCGACAUGACAGCUCGUAACGUGCAGGACGAGGCGAAAAGAAAAGGACUCCCAUGGUCUAUCGCAAAAGGCUUCGACACGUUCAUGCCCAUCAGCAAUUUCAUCGCGAAAAACAGAAUCCCAGACCCACAGAAAGCACACCUUUGGCUCUCAGUCAACAACGAAAUGAAGCAGUCUGACAACACUGAGCUGAUGCUUUUCCGAAUCCCAAGACAGCUGAGCGAUAUUAGCAGGGUCAUGACACUGGAGAAGGGCGACAUCGUACUUACGGGAACCCCGAAGGGUGUAGGCCCAGUGAAGACGGGCGACGUUAUGCGUGCAGGGCUGAAGGUAGAUGGAAAAGAUAUCGAAGAGGCAAAUUUGGAGGUGCCAGUUGCGGACCGCGAGGGCUUGUACGAGUUCAGCGAGACAUAG